ACAAUAAUAGUUUAUUGAGUGUCCCCAGCUACCACAGCAGGUCUUUAUACCCAACACUAAAAUAAAUGAUUUUUUUUUUUUCAGAAUGGCAACAAAAUGAGGAUUAUCCAUGGGAUAAUAAUUCAUGAUGUCAUAGGCCGACCCAAGAUUGUUCUAGAUCAGCUCGGAGAAGGACUGGCUGUACUUGGCUUUCGUGCUAAAAUGGCAGAGUACCCUGACAUGUUUGAGAAGCUGUUUGUGCCCAGCAGUGAUAGUAGGUUGAGUGCAGCACAAUUGGUUGAUGUACUACAGUUUCCAUCUGAGAUGAGUGAAGAUGACAGAACUGUUGCAAAUUACCUUAAACAGUACUUACGUAAGGCUGAUAUUCAAAUGUUGGAAAAUUUUGUCUUUUUUGUCACUGGUUCCUCUGGUUUGCCCAACUUUGGACUAAGUAGAAUCAAUGUAAAAUUUGACAAUGUUCCUUCUAUUUUUGCAUCAACAUGUUUGCUUUCAUUAACUCUUCCAAAUCACUUUGAAAGUGAAGAAAGUUUCAGUUUAUUGCUGAAUGCUGUCAUUAGUUCUGCAAAGAAAUCCUUUAACUGUGUGUAAUUCAUAUCCACCGGUUUAUUCAGUCGUGACAUUGUAGUUAGCAUGUAAAUGUUAGAGUUCAGUUCCUCACUUUUUAGAGGAAUAUUUUCCCACUUAAAAAUUCAAUGGCAUUUGUUGUUGUCACAUUGAUUUUUUAAGAAGUAUUUCAGCCACAUGUUAAUGUUGACAUUUAUUGUUGUGCCCAUUGAAAUUUCUACAUGUAGAACCCUAGUCCUUCAAGGUUUAAUUAAUAAUUAAGAUUUAACGUGAUGUGUGAAUUGCAGAAGUUCAUGUACAUGUAUGACCAUUUUUUAACUUUCAUACUGUACUUUCACUGGCAUUGACUAUUAAAAGAGAAUAUUCAGGGAACAUGCACUCAUGAAACCACAGUGUUAAGUCAUUUUCACCAGUAGUUUUGAGUUGUUUUGAAGCUAGCUAUCCUUAAAUUUGGAUUGAUCAGGAAAUGAUGCUGUAGCUGUUCACAAUGU